CAAUGUCAGUGCUAUUUAGUUCUUCGACGGAGGUGUUCGCAAUUGCGAAUUUCGCUCCAAAUACGCUGCAAUAAAAUGCUGAAUUACCUGAGGAUCGCAUCGUGGCUAGUCACGUGCCUGCUGCUGCUCUCUUUGCUUGUCUCGCCGAGUACAGCUGAUGUCAAUGGCGCAGUUUCACCAAUCAUUGGUGUACUCGCCCAAGAACUGUAUCCGGACAGUUUGACUGUUACCCACUUCAAUGGCACCAGUUAUAUUGCGGCCUCCUAUGUCAAGUUUGUGGAGGGCGCCGGUGGUAGAGUGGUUCCCAUUUGGAUCGGACGCAAUCGUAGCUACUAUGAAGAUGUGAUACACAAAAUUAAUGGUAUACUGUUGCCUGGCGGUGGAACGUGGUUCAAUGAGACCAAUGGCUAUGGAGAUGCUGGCGAGCAUUUGAUCGAAAUAGCCAAGGAGGUGAACGACAAUGGCACCUUCUUUCCCGUGUGGGGCACAUGCCUGGGCAUGGAACUGCUCGUCCUGAAGAUGGCAAAUGGAACGGAGACACGCAGCAGUUGCCAAGCACGUGGGAUGGCCCUGCCACUGGAGUUUAAGUCGGACCACAACCAGAGUCGGCUCUUUGGUGGUGCCAGUGAGGAUCUGAUUACAAAACUCUCCGUUGAAAAUGUGACCUAUAACUAUCAUCAGUGGUGCUACACGGAGCAGAGUUUUGAGGUGCCACCAUUAAAUAACUCAUGGCGCAUUAUAUCAUUAAAUCACGACUUGAAUGGCAUUGAAUUCGUAUCCACCAUUGAGCAUCUGAGGUAUCCCUUUUAUGGCGUACAGUUCCAUCCAGAGAAGGCGCUCUACGAGUUUGUCAGUGCGAAAGUGCCACACACCCCGUCGGCGGUGCAGAGUGGCCAGUAUUUUGCUGAUUUUUUCAUUAGCGAGGCGCGUCGCAAUCCGCAUGUCUUCAAAAAUGCCACAGAACAGGCACAAUCUCUGAUUUAUAACUACAAGCCGGAGUAUACAGCACUGGUGGGCUCUAGCUAUAUUCAGCAAUAUGUGUUUGGGGAGAUUCCAGAAAUUCCAGAUGAGGGUGAACCGGAUGAUGAUGAACCUUAUGGCUCACGUCCAGACUACUAUCCUCCUUACUAUUAUCCCAAUCCUAAUCGUAAUGGCGCCGUAUCGAUAUCCAUGGGAUUUGGCCUGAUUUUCGCUACAGUGUUCAAUUUGCUUUUUUAGAUAAGGGUAAUUUUAAUCUGUAUGAAUUUUGAAUAAAUGAAUUACAUUUUGUCUUUGAA